AUGAAGGUUAUUUGUACGUGCUUUCUUUUGAUAUUUUAUCAUUAUCAAGUCUCAAAUUGCCUUCAAAUAUGUUAUGUGUGCAGUCAUGUUCAGGAUUUUGCAUCAUGUCAACAAAAUGUACGAAUCUGCCCACUAGGAGAGGUAUGCUUCACAUCAGAAAGCUUUAACAACAAUGGUUUUCUGGUUUACAGCUCAGGCUGCGUGUCUAAGCAGACCUGUGACACUCUUAGUGGUCAUGAUGGGAUAGUAAAGCAUAGUACACAUGCACCAGUGAUGACUGGUAACAUCAUAGGCAAACGAAAAUUAAACACCUGUUUUCGUUGUUGUGCUAACGAAGGGGACAUGUAUCGCCCAUGCAAUAUGAAUCAGUGCAGCAUGCAAGUGAUUACUGUAUCUACGACAAGGUCUAUUACAAAGGUCCCGCCUAUAUCUACGACGAUUAUGGUCGCUUCGACAACGACCACACCAACAUCGACCGCAACCCCUACUACUUCACUCAAAACUACGCCCACCUCAGGUACGACAACGUCAACCUCGACCACAACCCCUACCUCGACCACGACAAUGCCAACCUCAACCACGACAACGCCCACCUCGCCCACGACAAUGCCCACUAGUCCAACCUUGUCUACAACAAUACCCAUCACAACAACCACUUCAUCCACUCCAACUUCUUGUUACCUUUGCAAUGGAAUGCCGAUAUUUAUAUGUGAACAGUUUUCCACACCAUUACAAUGUGACACUGUUGACCAACAGUUUUGUUUAAAUGAAUUGGUUAACUAUAAAGAUGGUUCCAGAACAUUGAACAGAAGAUGUGCUACUGAACAGGAAUGCCGAAAGGAAUGGUGGGAGAGAACAUCGGACAGACAGGAGUGUUCUGGAUAUGAUCCAACCUCUUACACAGCGAUACAUUUUGAGUGUUCAUUUUGUUGUACUUCCCCACUAUGUAACAAAAACAUUAUUCCAGUUGAUUUAUAUACCCCGCCUAAAAUGUAA